AUGUCUUUGCAGGGAAAAGACGAAGGAGAAAAGUUCAAAGUUAUGAUCAAGGCAUCUGACAUGGCUGAUGAUAUGCAAUCACAAAUAAUUGAACUAGCGCAAACUGCAAUUCAAAAAUAUAGUGUGGAAAAAGACAUUGCUGGAUUUCUCAAAAAAGAGCUUGAUAGAAAUUAUGGUGCAACAUGGCAUGCGGUAGUUGGCAAGAACUUUGGAAGUUAUGUCACACAUGAAUCCAACUAUUUUCUGUACUUCUAUGUUGGUCCUCUGGCAUUCCUUUUGUUUAAGACUGGCUAG